CGGAUGUAUGAGGAAGAACUGACAGGAAGCCACCAACGCCUCACCCCACUGCCUGCCAGUGUGAGUGGCGCUGGCGUCCCCUCGGGCAGGUGCACGGGCCCACAAUGCUCUCCUGACUCUCAGUGUUCCAGGCACCAGGAAUGGCCAUGAGCGGCCAGAGCGAGCUGCUGUGGCUAGGCGCAGCACUGCUGUUGCUGCUGCUACUGGGGAUGGUGGCUGGGCUCUGCGUGCGUUGUCCCCAAACAGAGCCCAAGAGGCCCGAAAAAAUCUACGAACAGAGAAGUCUGCAAGAGGGACCCCAGAGCUUUGCAGUGGCCCGGACCUACUCCUUGGUCAGGCCCCUGGGGCUCGCUGGCCCUGACCAGGGGUCCACAAGGAAGGACAAGCUGCUGGAGUUUCCGCCCAACCUCCAGGACCCUGCCUCCUCCAGGUACCAGCACUUCAGCAGAGAAAACAGAACAGAGCCAGAGGCAUCUUACCAACACUCUAAUACUGCCGACUAUUACAACUGGGGGCCGCUCCUGAGGCCCCAGGAAGAUGAUGAUGAUGAUGAAGACACCGGGGCCUAUGAGAAUGUGCUCAUCUGCAAACCCAAGGCGCCAGAGUCAGGCGGUGAGGAUUCAGAAGAUUAUCAGAAUUCGGCUUCCAUCCACCUGUGGCAUAAGUCGCGGAGGAUCAAGGAGCAAGGAGCAGGUGGAGCGGUGGCUCCCUUCCCGCCAGAAAGCCCUGAUGAGGACAGCGGGGAGCCCGAUUAUGUGAACCAGGACCCGGCAGUGCCCAAAGCCUAGGCAAGACUGGAAGGAAGGAAGCCCAGAAGUCCCCAGCACUGGAUGACCUUGAGCCCUGGUGGUGGUCACACCAUGGGGUCUCUGAGGACCACACAGAGCCUGGCAGACCCAGGCUGGGAAUAGGUGGAGUGGCAGCCGCCCCCUCUGCUAGGCUCAGGACCACCCUGAGACAAGGCAGGUGACUGGCGUGGUGGGUUCCCAGUUCUUGUGAUGCUGGGACCCCCAAGACUCU